UCGGUACUCUGUAACACUUUCGCAUUGUAAACAGUGUUGCACUGUUUUCCCGUUGAGAAAUCUUCAGUAUAAUUGACAUUACUGACCGAAACGAAGGAGAAUGAAAACAAAACCAAUAACAGAGAAGUGAAGAAGUGUAAAAAAUUGACAGACAAACAUAAUUAAAUUUGAAGAGUUUUAUGCAUACUUAUAUAAAAGUAAUUUUAAAUAAAUAAAAAAGGUGUGAAUAUGGAUUGCGUUUUGUUAUGGGAGGAAACCGAAAAAAAUGAACGAGUGGAGCGGAAAAUGAUUAGGAACAAGUCCAAUGUGAUGAGUCUUAGUGAAAAAAGUUUCGUGCAAAACUUUCGCCUAAGCAAGGAAUCGUUCAAAUAUGUGUUGGAUAGCAUAAGUGGUGAGCUAAAAACUCCACGCAGGUCCACAGGAAUACCCGAAAUUGUGAAAUUAGCGGCAACUUUAAAAUUUUUGGCGCAGGGAGGGUAUCAACAGCAAAUUGGACAAGAUCAUCAUACAGGACUAGCUCAACAAACUGUUUCGCGUUGUAUGUUUGAAGUUUGCAAAGCGAUUGAAAAAGUGCUGUGUCCAAAACAUAUAACUUUUGGAAUGACAUCAGAGGAGAAAAAUGAAGCGAAACGAGCUUUUUACUCAGUGUCAGGAAUUCCAGGAGUAAUUGGAGUGGUGGAUGGUACUCACAUCCAAAUGAUACGACCGGCCGUAAAUGAACAUUUAUAUUUCAAUAAGAAAUUAAAACAUAGUAUAAACGCUAUGGUGAUAUGUGAUCAUAAGAUGAUGAUCAAAGCCGUUAACGGUCGGUUUGCUGGGGCGUGUCAUGAUUCACAUGUGUGGAAUUUAUCAAGCGAACGCCAAUAUUUACAAACCAACUAUAUGAAUGGAGUAAGAGGAAUUCGCAUUCUUGGCGACUCUGGAUAUCCGCUUGAGCCAUGGCUUUUAACUCCAUAUAGAAAUGCUCCUGAAAACUCUGCUCAGAGUUAUUACAACUACAAGUUUUCAAAAGCCAGAUCCUUUAUAGAACGAGUAUUUGGAGUGUUAAAAGCGCGGUUCCGAUGCCUUUUAGCUGCUAGAGAACUACAUUAUGCCCCAGAAAAAGUGGUGCAAAUUUUGAACGUAUGUUGUGCUCUUCAUAAUAUUUGCACUCUUUUUAAUGUGGAAUCACCUGCCAAUAUAGCAAUAGAAGUUGAAGAAGUCGAUGCUAGUUAUACUGAAACCAUAGGAAAUGCGAAUGAAACCAAUAUUGCUAAACGUUUAAGGGAUCAAAUAAAAAACAGUAUGACUACUUAAUAACCAUAUAACAUAGUUAAGUAAACCUUUUAAUUUUUCACAUUUUCACAUUUAUUUGAUUAAAAUUCA